AUGUCGAAUAAGCCCCUUGAAGCUCUCAAGAUGGAGGGCAGGUCCCUCACAGCACCACCAGGCCAGUCGGCCCCCCAAUCGCUCGCAAUUCCAAUUCCUGCUGGGAUGCACAAGCGACAACCAAGCGACCCCUUUCCGAAAGAUGGAAAGGAAACACCGGUAUCUACCUCCUUGGAUCUCAUGGGAUUUCUCCAGCGUUCCGAAGCCUCCGUGGUGAAGACCAGAACGGGAAGCGUGCUGUCCAGAGGGUUCAUUUUGAAGACCGAUCAUUACCCAUCAGGACGUGCCCUUGACCUUGAUCUUAAUGUUCACGGGGCACCAAACUUUCGAAGUCCUCGCCAAGGCGGGCUGAACGUGUUUGGCGUGGCUCAACCGCGUACACAAGGCCUAAGAGCCAUCCUAUCAGUGCUGCGAUGCCGCCCAAAUAUUGCGAACCCGUCUCAUGUGGUAUGGUUCUCCACUAGGGAAGAGCCGCUUGUCUAUAUCUCAGGUCGCCCGUUUGUACUACGCGACGCGUCCGAGCCGAGGCGCAGUCUGUCCCUGUCCGACAGGGCAGAGAACUUGGAGGCCAUCGAGAACCGAUUAAAGAAUGACAUCUUGCAGGAAGCAGCUAGAUAUGGCAACGUUAUCUUGACCCACAAUGAAGUUGCGACCGCGGAGAGUGGAGAAGGUGCAAUCUUGCCAACCUGGACUGCCGUAGAUCACAACAACGUGAGGACAUCUCGAGAACUAUGGGGGAUGAUGAAGGCAGAGGGUUGGAAUGUCGAUUACUAUCGUAUCCCCAUUACUCCAGACCGAGCAAUAGAGGACAACUAUCUCGAUGCAUACUACGACAUCAUCAAGUCCACUGACCCGACUACGACCUCUCUGGUUUUCUCUUGUGGUAUGGGCGCUGUACGAACAACGUUUGCGAUGGUGGCCGCUCAGCUCGUUCGAAGAAAGCAAUUGAUCAUGCGGGGCAUGCCAGACCCAUAUACUGUAAAGCCUCCCUUGAAUAACGGGCUGCCUGGAAAUGGUAGUCGAAAUGGUAGUCCUGCAGCCACGCCAAACCACACGCAACUAGAAUCGCGCAUCCUUGCGUCGCUCGAACAAGCCAAUGCCCAGCAAGAGCUCAGCAAGUCGCUUCUCCAAUUGACCUACCUACUGCAACACUGCCUUCCGGACACCAGCUCCCAGUCUGCUAUCUCCCUUUUAAUGAGCCAGCCGACCCUUCUGGAAAAUCUUCGCAAAGCGUAUAUUGGCAACUACGGCGUCAUUCAAAGUUUAAUCAGUUGCCUGGACCAUGGGCCCUAUGUUAAGAGACUCGUCGACAAGAUCAUUGAUAUCACCGACCAAGUGGUCAAUCUUCGAGAGGAUAUUUUGAAGUACCGGUUGAUGUACUCCCUGACAAGCAUGGACGACGAACGGGGUGAAACCUUCCUGAACAAGGCUGGAAAGGCGCUGGAGAAAUACUUCUUCAUCAUCGCAUUUGCCAAUUUCAUUGAAACCCAGGAAGAAGGCUCCUGCUCUACCUUUGCCUCUUGGCUCAAAGCUCGGUCAGAGAUCUGGACUCAGGUCGGAUUUCUUAGGAAGACAUCAGGAUCCAGGUUGAAUGUAUUCGCCCCCGUCAACGACUUGUCUACGCUUUCUGGGAAGGGCUUAGACACCCGUGCGCUGCUUCCAGGGAAGAAGAACGACGUUGCGAUUGCUGGAGGCCAGAUUCUGGGAGAUGAGUAUUCGGACCAUGUUGUCAAACACCGAAGUGGGAUCAUCCUUCGAGAGAGCAUGCUUCUCAAAUCCGAUCAAUGGUUGAGAGAAUCACAUCAAGUCGAGCAUGGUGUUCGAGGAGCCAUUAACUUUAGACAAGUUCACGGGACAAGCAUCUACGCUCUGGGUCAGCCGACCAUUUCGGCGAUCGACGAGAUCCUCUGGAGACUUAGGCAGGCUCAUCCAUCGGCGGACAAGAUUGUCUGGCUCACCCUCCGAGAAGAACCCAUUGUUUACAUCAACGGUGCCCCGUAUUGCUUGCGGAGGGAGAGAUUCUCGCUUCGUAAUGUGAAAGACUACGGAGGGAUUUCCGGUUCGCGAUUAGAAGUGCUGGAAGAGCGUCUGCGAGAUGACGUUUUAGCAGAGCUCGAAGCCUUUGGUGGACGUCUACUCUUGCAUACCGAAACCACAGAUGGUGCAGUUGUCCCCGUAUGGGAGGAGGUUCAACCCGAGAACGUCAUGGUUCUGAAGGAUGUAAUGUCAUCCCGGCGGGAAAGUGUCAAUGUCUCUCUUCAGUACAUUCGAGUGCCAAUCACCGCCGAGAAGACCCCCGACUAUGCCGACCUUCACGACUUGAUUGAAGUGACAUUGCGAACAUCGCUCACUACACCAAUUGUCGUCAAUUGCCAGCUUGGCAGAGGAAGGAGUACACUGGCGUCGAUCAUUCUCCUCUUGAUCAGGCAAUGGCUCCAGGUGAACGUUGCCGCCACCCCUAUGACACCUCGCUUCAAACGCUCGGCGUCCGUUUUGUCUGUCACUGGGCCCGAGUUUAAGCAAGGUCAACCACGCCAUUCUUAUGUGGUGAUUAACAACCUUCUCCGAGUUAUUCGCCGAGGCCCGACUGUGAAGAGCAUUGUAGACGACGCAAUUGAUCAGUGCUCUGAGGUUUACAACCUCAGGGACUCCAUCGAGGAAGCUCGUACUCGUGCAGAAGAAGCGAAUGAUGAGAAGCAGAAGCGUGUCUGGGCCGCGAAAGGCUUGCAAAAUCUCAGGCGUUACUUUGAAUUGAUUGUAUUCCAGGCCUACCUUCAAUCGAUUGAACCCGAUACCAUGCAGUCAUUCGAAAGUAUCGAGACCUUUGUGAAGAACAGACCAGUCAUCAAGACCUUUGAGAAGGAUAUGAUUGACGAUGGAUUGAAUGCACUCAAACCGCUGGAGCGGGCCGAUUUCAAGGAAGGCGUUGCAGAUCCCGAUGAAGUCACGCAAGUUGUAAAGAACCGUUCCGGAAGCAUUCUAUCGGCAUCGACCAUUUUGAAGAGCGACUUCUUCUCCAAUCUGCAGAAAAUGACGCUUCCUGAACGCAUCGAGGGGUCCCCAAACUUCCGACGUGUUCCUAUGACCCUUCGCGCCGUUUCUUCCGGAACGCCUGGCGCUCACGGGGUCGACUUCGUUGUGGAUGAUUCAGGCAAGAAGGUCUGUGGUAGUGGAAUGCCGACUGCAGAGGGAUUGCGGCGUGCCCUUGAACGAGUCGAUGCUGGGCCCAAUGGUAAAAACAUGGUUUACUGGACUUCGCUCCGAGAGGAACCAGUCAUCUAUGUCGCGGGAAGGCCACAUGUUUUACGAUUGGUCAACAAACCCUUGGAGAACUUGGAGGCAACCGGUGUAACAACCACUGUCGUUGAGAGCAUGGAGGAAAGCUUCAAGAAGGAUGUCCUAAGGGAGUUAAAGAAAGGAAAUGGUCGCAUCCUCUUACACGAUGAAGUAGAGGAGCGUCCUGGUGUUUUCACCAUUAUUCCGAUUUGGGAGGUCGUGUCGGAGGAAGAAAUCAUGACCCCGAGAGAUGUCUUCAAUGUCAUAAUUAGCGAAGGCUAUCGCAUUGAUUAUAGUCGUGUUGCAAUUACGGACGAACAGGCCCCCCUACCAGAUGCACUUUCUCAAUUACUCAAUCGCAUACAAUCCGGUUUACCGGUGGCUGGCGACUUCAUUUUCAACUGUCAGAUGGGGAGAGGUCGGACAACGACCGGCAUGAUUACGGCCUGCUUGAUUGCCUCCACAAUGAAUUGGGAGGAGAAGAACGAACAUGUCGUUGAAGACGGAUCGACCCCAGAAAUAUAUGACCCCAUGGAUGGGCCUUCCGAGGAAGAAUCGUACCUUGCUGGUGAAUACAAGACCAUUUUGAAGCUCGUUGGAGUUCUGUCGCAUGGCAAGGCUGCUAAAUGCCUGACUGAUCGGGCCAUCGACUUAAUGCAAGACGUGCAAAAUCUGCGAAAGGCAAUUUACGACUACAAACUCAAGGUUGAAGCGGCAGAAAAAGAUUCGCCCAAGUAUCGCCAACUUCAUCAUGUCACUGUGAACUACCUGUAUCGAUAUGGCACACUCAUCGUUUUUGCGAAUUAUCUGAUCGAGAUGCGGGCGAGGAAGGAUGCAGACAGCCCAUUCCCAUCGUUUCCGGACUGGCUUCACGAGCAUCGAGAGAUCACUAAGCUGCUUAGCAGACGCUCGCUGGACUAACGUCUUGUGUCCGAGGAUCACCAGUUUCUUGCUAUCGCCCAUAUAGACUCCAUGUUGAC